AUGACUGCUCAACAAGGUGUACCAAUAAAGAUAACCAAUAAGGAGAUUGCUCAAGAAUUCUUGGACAAAUAUGACACGUUUCUGUUCGAUUGUGAUGGUGUAUUAUGGUUAGGUUCUCAAGCAUUACCAUACACCCUGGAAAUUCUAAACCUUUUGAAGCAAUUGGGCAAACAACUGAUCUUCGUUACGAAUAACUCUACCAAGUCCCGUUUAGCAUACACGAAAAAGUUUGCUUCGUUUGGUAUUGAUGUCAAAGAAGAACAGAUUUUCACCUCUGGUUAUGCGUCAGCUGUUUAUAUUCGUGACUUUCUGAAAUUGCAGCCUGGCAAAGAUAAGGUAUGGGUAUUUGGAGAAAGCGGUAUUGGUGAAGAAUUGAAACUAAUGGGGUACGAAUCUCUAGGAGGUGCCGAUUCCAGAUUGGAUACGCCGUUCGAUGCAGCUAAAUCACCAUUUUUGGUGAACGGCCUUGAUAAGGAUGUUAGUUGUGUUAUUGCUGGGUUAGACACGAAGGUAAAUUACCACCGUUUGGCUGUUACACUGCAGUAUUUGCAGAAGGAUUCUGUUCACUUUGUUGGUACAAAUGUUGAUUCUACUUUCCCGCAAAAGGGUUAUACAUUUCCCGGUGCAGGCUCCAUGAUUGAAUCAUUGGCAUUCUCAUCUAAUAGGAGGCCAUCGUACUGUGGUAAGCCAAAUCAAAAUAUGCUAAACAGCAUUAUAUCGGCAUUCAACCUGGAUAGAUCAAAGUGCUGUAUGGUUGGUGACAGAUUAAACACCGAUAUGAAAUUCGGUGUUGAAGGUGGGUUAGGUGGCACACUACUCGUUUUGAGUGGUAUUGAAACCGAAGAGAGAGCCUUGAAGAUUUCGCACGAUUAUCCAAGACCUAAAUUUUACAUUGAUAAACUUGGUGACAUCUACACCUUAACCAAUAAUGAGUUAUAG